AUGAAUUCCUCCAGUAGCGCAGCCCCCCCUGUGUCUUCUCCAGCAGACGAGCUCACCGAUGAGAAAGGACAGGGAGGGCCGGAGACAGGGGAGGCAGAAUCGGCGUGUCCGGGAGGGCAGGAGGUAGAGAGUCAUGAAUGGUUGGAUGAAGAGUUGAUUGAGCCGGGAGGGCAGGAGGUAGAAUCGGAGUCAUUUCCCCCUGCUACGCACGUACCAUCUAUUCGUCGUGCGCGGCAUGAGCUUGCUAGUUACAACACUGCUGCGAAUGAGAAUGUUGAAGUCAGAGAAGGCAGAACCCGUGCGCAAACUCGGACAGUAAAUCAGCAGAGCGUAGCCGGCCUCAUGGCCACUCUAGGACUCAUCUCCGCAUUAGAAAUACUAGAGGCACUCUUAGUGGAACAGAGAGCAUCUGAUGCAAUGGAAUUGCCGAAAGUGCUCAUUCAGGACGUAGAGUCAGAACCGGGUAGCUAUAAAGAAGUCCGUCAGUCAAAAUACCUCUCUAUUUGGGACAAGGCCAUGUCUGCAGAGUUUGAAGGCUUGUUUAGAGCAGGAACGUUCGCGUUAGCAGUAGUUGUUCCAAUAAGCUGUAACGUGAUAGAUGCUAGAUGGGCCUACAAAUGGAAAGCAGAUGAAACAGGCAAGAUAGUGAAGGCCAAGGCUAGGCUUGUAGCGAAGGGCUUCAAGCAGAAGCAUAGUGCGGAUUAUCUUGAGACUUUCUCGCUUACUGCAAAUGCUGCAUCGAUUCGUUUGUUGUCGGAAUUGGAUCACGAGGUGUUCAUGAAGUUGUCUCCUGGCUACGAGUCGAUGGCAGGAAAGGUAGUCCGUUUAGACAAAAGUUUGUAUGGACUGAGACAGGCAUCUAGAACAAUUCACAAGGGACUUGUAUCGGACCUGAAGAGGAUUGGUUUCGAACAGUCUCUGUCAGACCUCUGUGUUCUUCGUUUCAUGAUGGGAGACGAGGUGUUGGGUAUGAUUGCGAUUCAUGUGGAUGACAUUCUGCAUGCAGGAAUUGAGAGGCUUGCCAAGAUGGUUGUGGAAGCGCUAGGUGACUCUCUCCCCACGAAGAAUUUGGGCGAGGUCAGGUACUUUCUUGGUUGCGCAUUCGUUCGCGACCGCGAGGCUGGUACGAUUGAGAUGUCACAAGAGAGUUACAUCAGGAGUGUUCUGGAGAGAUUCAAUGUUUGUCGCACCAGCUCAAUCCCUGCUUCCCCUGCUAACGAUUACAGGUCCGUGAUGGAGGAUGAGGGGGCAGGAGAUGUGCCGUUCCGAGAGGUGGUGGGGAGCCUGAUGUGGAUCGCCAACCAGAAAAGGCCCGACAUCUCGAAAGCUGUGCGGGCGGUGGCAAGGCACUCUCACGAGCCAAAGAGAAGCCACUGGAAGGCGGCCCAGAAGAUUCUAAAUUAUCUUCUGGAGACGGCACAUCUAACUUUGAAGUACAAGCAUGACACUAUGGUAGACGUAGGCACGUUGGUGUACGUAUACGCAGACUUCGCCAGUAAGGCCACUGACCGUAGAUCAGUUUCGGGAGCACUAGUUCGUGUAGCUGACUGUCUUGUUGCUUGGAUUUCUAGGACGCAGAAAUGUGUCACACUUUCAACAACUGAAGCAGAGUAUGCGAUGGGUGACGGUGUAAAAGAGGUUCUGUUUGUCAACGGAAUGCUCGAGUUCUUGAGGCCUAGUGAUAGAAUCGGUAAUAGUCAGGUACGAGAGGACAACGAGGGUGCGAUUGCACUUACUGAGAAUCCACUCAGUUCGUGUAACAGUAAGCACAUUGACGUGAGACACCACUUUCUCAGGAAUUUGACAAAAGAGGGAGUGUUGGAAAUCAGGCAUGUCCCUAGGGAAGUACAGCAUGCGGACAUUCUGACGAAGGCUCUGCCGAGAGAUCUUUUUGAAGUUCAUCGUAAUUUUGCUCUAGGCUCGAGAUCUGAGAAGUAG